GAAAAGCCUUGUAGGAACAAUGCCACAUGCAGGGAUUUGGUUGCAACUUAUGAAUGUGACUGCAUAUUAGGUUACAAUGGAACUCAGUGUGAAGAGGACAUAGAUGAAUGUGCAGGGGAACCAUGUAUGAAUAAUGCAACAUGUGUUGAUAUGAUUGGAAAUUACAGAUGCGAUUGUAGCAAUGGCUUCGAGGGGACGGAUUGUGAAUUUGACAUUGAUGAAUGUGAGGAAGAACCAUGCUUGAACAAUGGAACAUGCCUUGAUAUGGAGGGUGAAUACCAAUGUGAAUGUGAAGAAGGCUACAAUGGUACAAAUUGUGAGAUUGUUGGUCCAUGUGUAAGGAACCCAUGCAAAAAUGAUGGUGUCUGCUUUCCUAGCUAUAACAACUUUGAAUGUUUCUGUGCAGAAAACUAUACUGGCUCUCUUUGUGAAAUACCUAUUCCCGAGUGUAUACCACGAGAUGACUGCAAUGGUCAUUACACAUGCAACAAAACAGGUUAUAGAAUAUGUCAUGAAAAGUGGGGAGGGGAUGAAUGCAAUACAUGGCUAGGUGAGCC